AUGUCAAAAUUAUCCAAUAUUCAGAUAAUGUCUGAAGAUACUGGGGAAGAUAUUGUGGAAAUCAUGGAUGAGUCGGCAGAACGCCAAGAUGAUGAAGACGACGAGCCAGCUUCAAAGAGAAGCAAAGAUGAUAUUGAAGGUGCUGUUCAGAUCGAAGGUUCCCAGGAUGAAGAACUACCAGAUGCAGAAGGAAUGUCGAAGAAGCAGUUACGGCGUCUGAAAUACAAAAAGAAAUGGGAAGAGAAGAAACUUGAAAAGCGAGCAGCAGAAAGAAUUCGGAAGAAGGAAAAACGAGCAGCGUUGAAAGAAGCUGGAGAUCUUUCUAAACUCAGAAAGAGGAAAGAUUUUCGAACGAUGGCACAGUCUAAUAGCAAGCAACGCAUCGCUCUUGACAUGUCCUUCGAUGAUUUGAUGAUUGAGAAAGAUCAGAAAAGGACUGUUCAACAAAUUGGUUGGUGUUAUACAGCUAACCGACAUAGUCCAAAUCCAUUCCAAUUUCAUGUCGUUGGAUUUGAUGGACUUUCAAGAAAGAUCUAUAAUGGAAAUGAACAUAAUUUGAAUCAAGAUAUCUUUCUUCACCACGAAAAAUUGGAAACUGUAUUCAAACCGGAAGAAAUAAUCUAUCUAACAUCCGAGUCUGAAAAUACCCUCAGCGAAUUGGAUGAUACCAAAGUAUAUGUAAUCGGUGGAAUCGUGGACCACAAUUCACAGAAAGGACUCUGUCAUCGAAUUGCCAAGGAGAAAGGUUUCGGGCAUGCUAGACUACCAUUGGAUGAACAUUUGCUCAUGAAAUCCAGGCGGGUUUUGACCAUUAAUCAAGUUUACGAAAUUCUGGUCCAUUGGUCAGUGCACAAGGAUUGGAAAGCAGCUCUAUUGUCGAUUAUCCCAGAACGGAAGAAUGCUCAACUCAAAAAAGAUAAAUCGGAGACAGUGGACCCACCCAAAGAAGAACCGGCUGCAGUAGUUCCCAAAACGGAGAGUUAA